AUGGGCAGACUCGCCGGAAAGAUCGCUCUCAUUACUGGUGGCUCUGAUGGCAUUGGUUUGGCCACUGCUCAGCAGUUUGUCGCCGAAGGUGCAUCGCAUGUCUUCAUCACCGGACGGCGUCAACAGGUACUCGACGAAGCGGUCAAAAAAAUUGGUAGCAAGAACGUGACCGCAGUACAAGGGGACGUAUCCAAUAUGGCCGACCUCGACAAGCUGUAUAGUUUGAUUCAGAAAGAGAAGGGUCGGUUAGAUAUUCUCUUCGCCAACGCUGGUAUCGACGAAGUUGCAACACUGAACUCGAUCACCGAAAAACAUUUUGACGAUUUAUUCAACAUCAAUGUGAAAGGGGUGUUGUUUACCGUUCAAAAAGCCUUACCGAUAUUUGUCGAUGGUGGGUCGAUCAUCUUGAAUGCAUCUAUCUGUUCCGUCAAAGGAUGUGUAGCUGAGAGUGUCUACUGCGCCACAAAAGCGGCCGUUCGCUCUUUUGCUCGCUGCUGGACAGUCGAUUUAAAAGGGCGUAAUAUUCGAGUCAAUGCUGUGUCUCCAGGACCAAUAGACACAUCCAUGUGGAAAGCUGCCGAAAUCAGUGAAGAGGACAAAAAAGCGUUCAUCACCGGUGUUACAGCUGCGACAGUAAUGAACCGCUUUGGCACACCUGAUGAAAUAGCCAAACCUGUAGUCUUUCUCGCUUCAGACGACAGUAGUUACAUAACAGGCAUCGAACUUUUUGCUGAUGGAGGAUUAGCACAAAUUUGA